AUGAAUAAGGCCAGUAGAUUUGCAGCAAAAAUUGGUUUUGGAGCCAAUCCUUUUCAUACUGGGGCGCGUUUUUUUCACUGCACCCCUGUUUUGGAGCGCAAAAAGCGUACCCACUGGGAUUCUACAAGUUCUUUUAGGAGUUCCCCAAGGAAAUGUAACCAGUAUAGCAAGAGGCUCAGGAGACAGAUUUUGUUGCACAAUGUCAGUGAAUUUGCAGAACACCUAUUUCAGAGCUGGCAGUCAGAUACAGAUGAGUUCGAUCAACACUUUGAUCGAGAGACUUCUUGGUUCAGACCAAAUUUCACAGAAAAUGGAUCUAAAAAGGGCAAGUCGAGAUAUAGGACAUCGCGCGCGUCAAGAGAUUUCGAGUUUUGUGACGAUGAUGAUGAUGAAGUAGAAUUUGAGACCAUUUUCCGUUCGGCAUUUGGCGGGACGAGGGGCUUUUAUUGGUCCUUCACAAUCAAUGAUGAACCAGAUUACAGGAGCUCAUCAAGUUACUACUCUAACAACUAUAGAACUUCUAGUUCAAGGCGUAGAAAAUAUGAGUACGAAGAAGAAGAAGAAGAAUAUGAUUCAUCAUCCGAUUAUGAGAUUCCUAUGGUGGACAUGACUGUCCUACAUAACUUGAAUACUUUCCAGAUAUCGAGCAUGUGCUUUGAAAUGGCAUCCAGAUCGCCAUCAGGGUUCUUCCAAGGAAAGAAGCUACCGUCGGUGGCCGCCAAGAGCCUAGAUGAUCCUAAUUAUCCAACACUUGACGAAAGGACUGAAUAUUUCUCCAAGCAGUCGUCGUAUUCACGGAGAUCGUUUGAAAAGGCAUUUCCAAAUAUGAGUGCUGCUCGUGAUGAACGAUUAGCCCUUGGAUUGCCUGCUGCCGGACCGUUAAAUCUCGAAGACGUUAAAAUCGCGUAUCGAUCUUGUGCACUUAAAUGGCAUCCUGAUCAUCACCAUAACUCAUCUAAGUUCCUCCGGAUCACUCCAGAUGAGGAGGAGGACCCGUCCGCAAAACAUGCCGUGCUCCCGUGCUUCCCCAAGAAAACGGCACGAUCCCCUAAGCUCGUUAGCUCCUUCACAGACUCCUUCUGUUGA